GCUCGUGGCAAGGAGGUAUGUACCAGCAGCCACCGCCCGGAGCGCCGUACCCCGGUCAGCAGUACCCGCAGCAGCCUGGUUACCCGCCGCAGCAGUACCCGCCGCAGCAGUACCCUCCUCAGCAGUACCCUCCGCAGCAGUACGCCCCGCAGCAGUACCCGCCCCAGCAACAGUACUAUGCGCAGCAAGGCCAGCAGCUCUUCCAGGCCGCUACGGCGCCGCCCGUCGUGUACCAGCAGCCUGUCUACCAGCAGCCUGUCUACCAGCAACCUGUGAUGAUGGCGCCACAGCCCAUGUAUGUGUCGCAACCUGGUGUCUACUACGGCGGCGGCGGCGGCUACAUGGGUGGCGGCGGCUUCAUGGGCGGCGGCUUCAUGGGCGGCGGCUACAAGGGCUUCAAGGGCCGCGGCGGCUACUACGGCCGGGGCAAGGGCUUCAAAUUCUUCUAAACUCUAUGUAAACAGUCAAGACUGAAAAUG